CUCACACACACUCUCUCUUUUGCUCUGUCUCUGUGUGCAAUCUCUUAAACCGCCCUUCCUGUCCUCUCUUCUUCUUCUUCUUCUGCUUCUCCUUCUUCUUCUGCUUCUCAGCCCUAGGGUUUCUUCUUCAUCGUCUUCGUCUUCUCUCGACGGUUUUCUUCUUUCUCUCCUCGCAUUUCCUCCAACUUUCUCGCUCGUUGUGUAUAUUUCGUUCCACGCAUCUGCUGAUCGCUUUUGGAUCUAGCUGUUCUCUCUGCGGCAAUGGAGUUCGGUGCUGGCAGAAAGAGAGGGAGAUAUGAAGCUGCUUUUAAUGGAAAUGGAAAUAUUAAGAAAUCUAAGCAAGACAUGGACUCCUUUACAACUGGUAUAGGAAGCAAAUCGAAGCCAUGCACAAAGUUUUUCAGCACGUCUGGAUGUCCAUUUGGGGAGGGAUGCCACUUUCUCCAUUAUGUUCCUGGUGGCUUCAAAGCUGUGUCGCAGAUGCUUAAUCUUGGGACCAAUCCUGCUCUUCCAUCUGCUCCCAGAAAUGCAGUUGUCCCACCAUCCUUUCCAGAUGGCUCUUCUCCUCCAGCUGUAAAAACCCGCUUGUGUAACAAGUAUAAUUCAGCUGAGGGUUGCAAAUUUGGUGACAAAUGUCAUUUCGCUCAUGGUGAAUGGGAGCUUGGCAAGCCAAGUGCUCUAGCUUACGAGGAUCCUCGGGCAAUGGGGCAUGGCAGAAUGGCUGGCAGGAUUGAGCAGCCUCAGGGCCUUGCGGCUGCUGCUAGUUUUGGAGCAUCUGCAACUGCUAAGAUCAGUGUUGAUGCUUCACUUGCUGGAGCAAUCAUUGGGAAAAAUGGUGUGAAUUCAAAGCAAAUAUGUCGCGUAACAGGAGCCAAGCUUUCCAUAAGGGAGCAUGAGACAGAUUCUAAUUUGAGGAACAUUGAGCUCGAGGGUACAUUUGAUCAGAUCAAGCAAGCAAGUGCUAUGGUUCGGGAGCUUAUUGUAAAUGUUGGUGCAGCCUCCGCAAUGCCUGCGAGGAACCACCACGGUACGACUGGGUCUGCAGCCUCGAACAACUUCAAGACGAAGUUAUGUGAGAAUUUUGCAAAAGGGUCCUGCACAUUUGGAGAGAGGUGCCAUUUUGCACAUGGAGCCGAAGAAUUGCGCAAGUCAGGGAUGUAACUUUUGUCAUAUUUGAUUUCUAUUCUCUUCUAGGGUGAACUUUUGUUAUUAGCAUCUUGGUUAGCCUCGCGUGUUUAUCAAGUUUUGAUUUAGAUGUGCAAAGAUAUAAACAGAUUUUAGUUUUCUAAUCAUUUUUCAUUGAAA